UAGUAGUUAUUAAAAUUGUCUUGGGUGUAUACAGACAGAAGCGUGUGAAUGGGACUUUUAUUUUGGUUUGGUUUUGUGACGUCAUAAAGCGGCGCCGUGCUCCUGCAUCUGUUGUGAUUCGGCUGGAGAAAGGACAAACACAGAAAACCUCCUGUUGAAGUAACUAGGAUAUAUGUGACACUAUUAUAAAGAUGGAGUUUAUUAAAGAGGAGAGUGAAGACAUGAGGAUUGAAGCAACAUUCACAGUGAAACAAGAAGAAACUGAGGAACAAACAGACCUGAUGGCACUGAAAGAGGAGAAUGAAGCACUAAAUGAAGAGAGAGAUCAAUUUAACAAUCAUCAUGAUUUCAUUACUGGAGGAAAAUCUUUUAGUUACUCACAGAUUGAAAACACUUCCUCAAGAAAAAUAGCUCAAAAGGCUGGUACUAGAACUCAUUUUAUCUGCCAACAGUGUGGAAAGAGUUUCAGUACAACAGGAAACCUUGAAUUCCACAUGAAGUUUCACAGUAGAGAGAAGCAUUACACCUGCUCUCAGUGUGGAAAGAGUUUCAAUCAUGAAGAACACUUUCAAGACCACAUAAAAAUUCACAUUAUAGAGACGUCACUCACCUGUCAACAGUGUGGAAAAAGUUUCAAACGAAAACAGAACCGUGACAGGCAUAUGAACAUUCACUCUGGAGAGAAGCCCUACACAUGCCUUCAGUGUGGAAAGAGUUUCAUUCAGAAAGGACACUUUGAAGACCACAUAAGAAUUCACACUGGAGAGAAGCCGUUCGCCUGCCAACAGUGUGGAAAAAGUUUCAGGCUAAAAAAUGUCCUUGACAGGCACAUGAAUAUUCACACAAGAGAGAACCCCUACACAUGCCUUCAGUGUGGAAAGAGUUUCAAUCGUAAAGAUCACUUUCAAGACCACAUAAGAAUUCACACUGGAGAGAAGCCGUUCACCUGCCAACAGUGUGGAAAAAGUUUCAGACAAAAAAGGAACCAUGCCAGGCACAUGAUUAUUCACUCUGGAGAAAAACCCUACAAAUGCCUUCAGUGUGGAAAGAGUUUCCGACAGAAAGGACACUUUGAAGACCAUAAAAGAAUUCACACUAGAGUUAAGCCAUUCCUCUGACAACAGUGUUGAAAGAGUUUCAAUAUGAAAGGAAACCUUAAAUUUCACAUGAGACUUCACUCCUGGAAGAAACCCUACACGUGCCCUCAGUGUGGAAAUUGUUGCAAUCAGAUAGGACUAGGGUUGGGAACUGAAAACUGGCUCUUAUCUGGAACCAGUAUUGUUUUAAGCUUGUGUGCACUGAUGCACAAGAUGUCUGUGAUAGCAUAAAAUAGUAGCUUAGCACGUUUAACCGUGUAAUGCAUUCAGGUGACACAUCAGAUGAUUUUUAUACGUCAAACAUACAACAGAACAGCAGUUUGAGUAGCCACAGAGACAUUGCACAACUUCAAUGUUUUCAUCCUCACUAAUUUUGCACUACAAAUUGAAAUUGAAAAAGCUUAAGUUUUAGGGUAUUAAGACUUGUAUGCCUUAUAAGAUUACCAUUGACCCAAAGUAAACAGAUGAAGAAGACAUGGCUCUUGAGGAAGUUUUAUUUGUCCACAUUCUUCACAACUUCCCAUUCUUUUCUCCUCUUAUCGCUAGUAAAGACUUGAAUCACUUCUCUUGUUGCCCAACGACUGAGAAUUACGACUAAAAGCGCUGCACAAUGUGGCAUCAUAUAUUAUAUUCCAAGUUGUGUUGUGGUAAAAAUAACAACAGGAUAGUGUCAGUAGCUCACUGAGAGCAGCCGCUUGACGUCAUUGACGUGGAACGCACUGUGGACCUAACAAAAUGGUGCCCUCCAUUGUCCAAAUAUGUCAUGGAUUUUUUUUAAAUAACGUAAAUCUUAUUUUCAUUAUUGCUUGUUACAAUGAGAGGAUUCGCAAGCGUGCAGAAUUCAGUCAGAAUCCAGUCACUUUUUUUUUUCAAAAACAGUUUUCCAAUAUUUUUUGUUAUUGAGAAAACUGAUCCAAGAACAGCAGUUAUGUCUUUUAAGUGCAAUCAGAAGCAAAUAGAAGCUUGUUUACUGCUACAGAAUACAUUUUUUAAAAAAAGAUAAUAACUGUGCUUUAUAUCUCACAGUUCUGACAUUUUCUCGCAAUUUCAAGUUUAUCUCAAAAUUCUGACUUCAUAACAUGCAAUCGGGACUGGGUCUUAACUGUGUAAAAUAUCAAGCCAAAUCAUCUGCUCAUACUGUAAACUCUUGAUCAGUGAAAGUAUGAGCACAAUUAUCAUAAUCUUAUCCAGUUCACUUUAAAUAAACUUCUUCCUGAACAGGAUUUACAGACCUUGGGCUGGUUGCACAAGCUGGACGUACACCCGGUCGUAAGACUAAGCUUAAAGGGAUAGUUCACCAAGAAAUGAAAAUUUGAUGUUUAUCUGUUUACCCCCAGGGCAUCCAAGAUGUAGUUGACUGUUUCUUCAGUAGAACACAAAUGAUGAUUUUUAACUCCAACCGUUGCAGCCUGUCAGCCAUAUAAUUUGUGUAAAUGAGAACUCCAUUUAUAAGAGUAAAAAAAAAAACACAACAGACAAAUCCAAAUUAAACCCUGCAGCUCGUGACGACACAUUGAUGUCCUAAGACACAAAACGAUCGGUUUGUGCGAGAAAACGAACAGUAUUUAUAUUAUUUUUUACCUCUAAAACACCACUAUGUCCAACUGCCUUGAGCAGCCGGUUGGUGAGGUCAGAAAACACGUCCUGAUGACAGAAGUGAUCCCUCGCACUUUGCUUCAAUGAGCGCCAGACAUCACUUCCACUGUCAGAGCACGUUCAGACCUCACUAACCGGAUGUGGAGGGCAGUUGGACAUAGUGGUGUUUUAGAGGUAAAAAAUUAUAUAAAUACUGUUCGGUUUCUUUCAAACCGAUCAUUAUAUGCAUAGAAUUAAUACCUGUUGCACCAUCUGGGCGUAGCACACGUCUGAGACUAAAUCUUACGCCUAGUCAAAGGUAGGUGUAAAGUGAGAAGUCUUGACUUGUUUCCAUGGUGAAAAUAAAGACAAAUAAAAAUGUUGAGAUGAUGGCGCGUCUGGUAUACAGGCUACAUGAUCAGCGGGUUUUCCGGUGUAAAAGAGUAAUGAGAGACCGGACCAAUCCGCUAGAUGCUAGAUGUAUAGAAUUGAUUGAAAGGUUUAUUGGUUUAAUUUCAGCAGGUUGCAUAUACUUACCGAAUAGCUCAAUCAUUUUUCUUGUUUCACAAUCUGAGUAAUCUUUUUUUCGGCUCAGCAAUCAUUUUUUAUCUAUUUGUUGGAGCCAAUAAAUUCAAAUUGAUAACCAUAGUAACGCGAACAGUGUCUCAACUAACAGUGCUUUAGAACAUGUCAGCGUGUACGAGAAUCGUCUACACUAAGCGUACCUGCGCCUAGUUGUAGUUUUAGAUGGUGCAACAGGUGUAAAUAUUCAUCAGAAAGCUGGACGUAACUAAGUCCAGCGUAGAGCUUACACUCAACUUUGUUUUACGUCCAGCUGCUGCAACCAACCCCUGAUGCUCUGACAACAUCAUGAGUUCAAUCCAGAUCACUCAGAAAUAUAUGAGGAAUGAAAGAAGGAAAACUGUAAGCUGAACUCUGAAAUCAGUCCCGAUGAAUCACAUCAUUACUGUAAAUGUCAGAAUUGUUGGAGUUUCUUUGUUCAGUGGUUCAUGCUGCUCGUCCUGAUCUAGAAAGUAUCCUGACAUGAUAAACCAUGUUUUUCUACAUGAACUGUGGUAAUACCAUGCUCUGAAUUCAUCAUGUAGUGUUGUGGAGAAUAAUAUCAGUGUUUUCUUCCUAUAUCUGUCAUGUGAUCGUCCCGCUGUUGCUCUCAGUGCUGUAAUGAACACAAAUAAUUCAAUAUAUUAAUAUACUUCACUUUCAUCAGAGCAAAGAGAGUCAAUGAUGAAGUGUUUCAAUAGAGGACGUCAAACACUCUCAUGAGCUUCUGCAUCGAGCAGCACGUUCAUAGACGAGCGACCUAUGCAAGUUAUAGAUGACCUUUCAUCUUCCUGAAAGAUGAGCCAAUCUAUCUCGAUUAUGACCUGUGAGUAUUUCUACAUUAAAUAAAAACCUACUGUUCCUGCAAGA